AUUGUUUUGCUCCUUGCCAGAUAUGGUUCAGAUUGUAUCGAACCGCGGACCGGAAGGGAAUAUGCCCUCACGAAGUAGUACUCCCACUACACCCUCCGCUGGCGAGGCUUCAGCAGCAAGCCUGGCGGGUCCAGCUCCGCGUCGGUCUCCCGUUAGCGGCCUGUCCUUAGUUCGACCUAAUGCGGACGCGUCGUACGGCCCUUCGGAGGGUAGCUCUUGUUCGGCGGCCACGACGACGGCAUCGACUCAAGCAUCGACAACCCCAACAACUCCCGAUGCAACGCAAGCGCAUCUAAAUGGGACCUCAUCGAACCCUCCCCCUUCAGUGACGCCAGCUCAACCCAACAUCCAGCCGAACCGCCCCGCAGAAGAAUGGCGCUCAUGGAAGAUUCAAUACCCUUACCUUACCGUACUCUUACUCCUCUCUGCCGGGUUCAUCGUCGCCAUUGCCGCACUCACGGCCAUUUCCCGCCGCGACUCAGGCUUCGUCAGGCAAAGCCAACCUCCCGGCUUCCUCCAGCGCAACCCGGGUUUGCGGAAAGCGAUCUGGGAACAAGGCAUCUUCUACACUGCCUUCCCUGCCUUCAUCAUGACGGUCUACCGGACUAUGUGGGAUGCAACGGUGAUGGCGUUUGCCGACCGUCAGCCGUAUGUGGAUCUAAUGAAGCCUGGCGGGAGGCACCCGAAGAGGACGAUACUCCUGGAUUAUAAGAUGGAGCCGCUGCUGCAUAGAUGGAUACUGGCCUUCCAGAACAAGCACUUCCUACUGUCAGCGUGCAUGCUGUCUUCCCUGGUCCUGUCGUUCGGCAUCGUCCCUUUGACGUCUUUCCUCUUUACAAUGGAUUCUUCGCUGUCAAAUUCGACCUUCCCUCUGACGACGGAUACGUAUUUCAACGGGACGAUCGUGCCUCAAUUUCCUGUGUUCUCAAACGAACCAAACGUCCGACUCAUCCUGGACACAGCUGCUGGCUUGCGCGUGCAGAACUUGAGCUUGCCACCACGCACAGACGGCACUUUCGCGUUCCCGCAUUUUACUCUGCAGGUCGAUGUCGGAAGCAGCAACGUAAGCCUGGAAACGGCGGCGUACGGCGUUGAUAGCGGCUGUAUUGAAAUUCCCGAGUUAGAGUACGACAAGGAGAUCCGAUGGUAUGAGAACAAGAUAUCGAUUGACGUCCGUACGAUUGAUCGUAUGUGCGCCAUAUCGGGCACCCUCGACAUCCGACCGAAUCCAUUCAGUCCUGACAUCUGGUUAUCGUCAUGGCAUACACCCACGUGCAGCGAAGCGGCGGGCUGGACGCGCAUGAGCCUUCUCGCUGCCCGCUACGAUAAGGCUUCACAGACCGUACAAGACCUCUCUUUUCUCUCCUGCAACUCAUGGUACUUUGCCACCGCCGGCUAUCUCAUGGAGAGAUCGGAACCCGGACUGAGUCCUCGGUUGCAGCGUUUCGACGAGGAUGCGCAGCAAAGAAUGAAAUUAGACUGGCAAGAGACGUACGUAUCGAGAGUGUUCCUGGAGAAAGAGGUCCACAAUCUCAGAUAUCUCGAUCCGUCCACUACAGUCGAUGGGAAUGAGUUCGCCAAGUACGUUUAUCGCAUGGCGCAGCACGAAAAUCCAAAAGAACCAUUGGAGCCCAAGGCCCUCGUUACCGCUGCGCAGACCCUGUACGAGACUGUGUAUGCGGUGUUCGCUAGCGUCCAUCUAUUCAAAGAACGAGAUAUCCCUUUCAACGGGACCGGCGUUUAUAUGAUCGAAGAGAGGCGGCUGUUCGUACAGCCCGUUGUAGCCUACAUAAUCCUCGGAGUCCUCAGCGCCACGGCUGUCUUGAUCGCAUGCCUAUUCCUCUACUCGCAGCAGAGGUCGAUGCUGAAGGAAGAGCCAUUCGGCCUGUUGAGCUAUGCUGGCAUCCUGUACCGGAGCGAGAUUAACACUAACAUGAUGAGGGAGAUCGUGUGCAACCGCCAUGAUCCUGGAACAGCCAGGGGAUCGGCUAAGAAGAUGUACCACCUUGAUCAGAUCCUCUCUCUGGUUCUUAUGCUAGCAGCGCAAUCCACCUCAAUCCUCGCCUACUCCAAGCCCAACGGCACUGCACCCUGCCCUUCCGCUGCCAACAUCCCCAUCGGCUACGUUCGCACAUACUCUGCGUACGCCUGCCGCGGCGACCUCGAGACCUUCUCCAACGUAACUAGCGGAAUUUGCAUCGACGCGAAGAAUUUCACCACCGUCCGCGGAUACCGCACCGGAAAUCCUCCUGAGGGCGUCGAGUGCUCGUUCAAUUUCUAUGCGGCGCCGGGAUGCAAGGGUUCGUUCGUGUCAGCGGGGAAGGACACCGAUGGGAGCAACAACUGGGUCGAAUGCGUGAGAAACUUUGUGAACCCGUAUGGGGAUGUGGUGGAGACCGGGAGUAGUUUCAUGUAUGCCUGCUAUUCGAGGCUUGAUGGGGGUGGUUAA